AUGACAUUGCAGGAUGAUACUUCAAUGAAGACCAGAGGCGGCAGCCAUGGCAGUCCCAGACAUGUUCCUCUCACCCCCGAGCCCUGCCCUGGUGCCCUGAGCGCCAACAGCAGCGCUAUCACGGACGCCGAAGAGCAGCAGCGGCAGCAGUCGCAGAAGGUUGGGUGGUGCUGGUCGAGGUCAAGAGCCAUCAGGUUACACACACGACAAACAUCUGACAAUGAUCGGCAGCACCACUCUGCCGGCUUGUGGUCAGAGCAGUACAGCAUGUCGCAGAACAACAUGUCGCAAUCCGGCUCGCCCCAGGGAGCCCUGCAGCUCACCAUGUCGAGCCAGGCGUGGCAGUACCGUGUUUGCUCCUCGCUAGCUACGAGAAAUUGAACAAAACAUGCAAUUGUAAAGUACACGUUUGUGCCUGUGUAUGAUGAUGAACUGUUCGAAUUUACUGUGUUUAUAGAAAAGUAGAAGUGUAGUUUUGUACGCUGAUGAAUUAGUGUUUAGUGGAGAAGCACAAUAGUAAUUCAUGCAUGCUAGUGUGCAAUUGUCUA